CACCCUCUUUAGCUUCAAUUUUACAGCAAAAAUCACACAGUAUAGCAGAGAGAGAGAGAGAGAGAGCAUGCGAACCUCGAAUCAUGCUUUAUUUUCCACUUUUGACCCGCUCAAUUUCCUUAACUCACGUCACUCUGUGUACAGUAUUGCUCCUGCUUUGACUUCUCAUCACUUCCAUGGCUGCUCCGGUGUCAAACUCGGACAUGGAUGCAGUCCUGCAAUUCCUGCGCCAGAACGGUUUGACCGAGGCAGAGAUGGCUCUUAAAGAGGAUUUGGUUGAGAAAACAGAAUUGGGUUCUUUCGAUUAUGAGAAAUUUAUGUUCCCGAUGGUUCCGCCUCCUCCGCCGGUGAGAAUCCCGGCGAUUACCCUGCAACUGGCGACUUCUCGAUCGGAAUCGAAUUCUGAGUUUUCCUCGGACGACGAGUUUGUGAGUGUGGAGUCAUCCACUAGUGGUUUGUGCUCUUCAGAAUUCAUCAAUCCCUAUGGACUACGUUCUCCAUCUCAGGUUGAUUCUGAAGCCUCAUCAGAUAGAUUAUCUCAAUUUGGUACAGCACGGGAUUACUCAGAUAUGCAGAAUCACAUUUGUUGGUAUGAUGAGAAAGGCGAAGGCUACUUUAUGAGUCCUUCCUUUGGAGGGUCUGACCACUUUGGUUGUCCAAGUGAGGAUAAGUUUAUCAUGACUUCAGGGACUGCAAAGGAGAAGCAAUUUGAGGAUUGCGUUGGUGUAUAUGACAAAUCUGAUGGAUUUGAAACUGAAGCAAGCAUUGAUUGCUUGGACAAACCAUGGGUUUCUAUAAUGCCCUCCAUGGAUAAUAAAGAUGAAACUCAAGUGGCUGGUUGUCACCAUUCCGAUAGAAAAUGUGAGCUUGUGAAUUCUGAUCCUUACCACUUUUCAGUCCCCCUUUGCAAAUUCUGUGCAGGAGCAGGAGCUUUUUAUGGCAGUGAUCCUUUGGGUUGCAACUGUCACAGCUUGAAAGAUAUGGGAUUGAAUGAUUCUGAAUUGAAGGUUGUGGGGAAUAUUCCUAAUGACUGCAACUCAGACAUGAAAGAUUUAAUACUAAAUGAAACUGACGACUAUGGAAAUGGUGAAGUAAAUGGGAAACCCCAUGAGCUUGCAGCUCCUGCAGAUGCUGAGAAUGUUAAUGACGAUGAGCUUAAUAUGCCUGCUACCAAUGAGGAUGAGUAUGAAGUGUUCAAUCUGCGAAUAAUACACCGGAAAAACAGGACUGGAUUUGAAGAGCACAAAGAUCUACCAAUUGUGUUAAAUACUGUGGUUGGGGGGAGAUAUUAUGUUACGGAGUAUCUUGGUUCAGCAGCCUUCAGUAAGGUUGUUCAGGCACACGAUCUUCACACUGGAAUGGAUGUCUGCCUGAAGAUUAUUAAAAACGACAAGGAUUUUUUCGAUCAAAGUUUAGAUGAAAUCAAGCUUUUGAAGCUUGUGAACAAGCAUGACCCAGCUGAUGAACGGCAUAUUUUGCGUCUUUAUGACUACUUUUACUAUCAGGAGCAUCUCAUCAUUGUUUGUGAACUCCUUCGGGCUAACUUGUACGAAUUUCAGAAAUUUAAUCAAGAAUCUGGUGGGGAAGCUUAUUUUUCAACGAGAAGAUUACAGGUCAUAACCCGUCAAUGCUUGGAGGCAUUGCAGUACUUGCAUGACUUGGGAGUUAUUCAUUGUGAUUUAAAGCCUGAGAAUAUUCUUAUGAAAAGUUACAGAAGAUGUCAGAUAAAGGUUAUUGACCUUGGAAGCAGUUGCUUUGAGUCGGACAAUUUGUGCCUUUAUGUACAGUCCCGUUCCUACAGAGCUCCGGAAGUCAUUUUAGGCCUCCCAUAUGACCAGAAAAUUGACUUAUGGUCUCUUGGUUGUAUCCUGGCUGAGCUUUGCUCUGGAGAGGUGCUGUUUCCGAAUGAUGUGAUAGUAAUGAUCCUUGCACGGAUGAUUGGGAUGUUGGGUCCUAUCGACUCAGAGAUGCUGGUGAUGGGCCAGGAGACUCACAAGUACUUCACCAAUGAAUAUGAUCUCUACCACAUGAAUGAGGAAACAAAGCAGUUAGAAUACAUAAUCCCAGAGGAGUCCUCACUGGAGCAUCAUCUGCAAGUUACCGACGAUGAAUUAAUCAACUUUCUCAGAACCUUGCUUGAGAUCAACCCACAGAGGCGGCCAACUGCAAGCGAGGCACUCGAGCACCCUUGGCUUUCGCGUACAUAGUAAUUCAAACCUCACUGAAGGUACUGAGAAGUAACACGUAAUUAUACCGCUGUGGAUUGUAUCUGUGUGUAGAUAUACAUACCUCUUUGUGAUUUGAGUAUCAAGAUUGGAAUCCAUUUCCAAUUUUCAGUUUUGAUUUCGUCUGUAGUGACCACAUCGGUUUUACGAUUUGUAUAGCAUUGGCUUGAUUCAUGUUCAAGGGAAAGACAUCAUGCGUCCUUCCUUAGAAAUAUGAUUUUGGAACUUCAUGUCACCACAUAAUAAAGCUUCAUUAUUUUCUUCAAUU